AUGAACGGUCACACGAGAGAAUCAAAACACCGUAUCGCCGUUCUGGAGGAUGAAGAUGUCGAGACGUUUGUUGCGUUCUGCGAAUAUGCAUACACCGGCGACUACAGUGUCCCUCAAACCGAAGAAGAGGAAGAAGAACAUAAGUCUGGGUUCGCAGAGAAUGCAUUCAGCCCCAACACUUGGAGGGACCCGUACCGUACUGGCUCGGUUGCCUCCACCAUACCUCCGCCUGCUCCCUCGCCGCCUCCAGAGCACCGUCGCGGCCGUAGUUCAGUUGCAGGAUCUGCAUACCAGGAGUCGCAGCCCGAUACACUUGUACCAGGAUGUGCUACCCCUGUGCCGGAGCCUGCAUCCGAGCCCGCGGGGGUGAAUGAUGGGGAAGCUCAAUCUCCAGAGCAAGAGCCGGUGGCGGUACCCGAGCAUGAAGAUGAGAUUGCCGUGUUCGAGGAAGCCGAGGCGGCACCAGAGGCAUCGCCGGGGCCCGAGGCCCAUCCCGAGGAGUUUCCUGAAGUGACAGAGGAGCCUGUGCAGUGGGAGUCAGAGAAUGCCCCCAGCGCGCCGAAGAAGUUAAAGAAAGGGAAGAAGGGCAAGAAAGGGCGAAAGCAAACAAGUUAUGAGUCUGAAAUGCCUGCAGUCGAAGCUCCCCCAUGCGAGCCAGUCAAUCUGACACCGCCAUCCACACCUUCUCCGGUAGAAAGGGUUGCUGCAGAGCCCGAGCCAGAAGUAGAAGCGGAGUGGCCUGCAGAGCCAGCGCCAGCGCCAGAGCCAGAGCCAGAGGAACAAGCAGAGCCCGAGCCCGAGCCCGAGCCAGAGACGGAAGACUGGCAGCCCGAGCCUUCGCCAAAGACAGCAACAGCGGAAGAUCCAUGGGCCCAAGACCGAGCCAACCGCCAAAGACCAAUGCUUGACAUGUCUUUCGCCCAACAGCAAGGCGCCAUUUCACCUUGUGAGCCCGGCGUCAGCCUAUGGGACGAAUUCACCUCCCUCCAGUACAAUGACGAAAGCGACCCCGAGCCGCCCACGUUCCCAACACUCCCCUACCUCACCUUCCACGCGAAGGUCUACGUCUUCGCCACUCGCUACCUGAUCCCGGCCCUAGCGCAGCUCUGUCUCCGCAAGCUCCACGCCGACCUCCUCACGCUCCCGGAAGAGCCCGUCGCGCAGGCCCAGAUCAUUCUCGACCUGGUGCACUAUGCCUACACGAAAACGGCCCGGCUGGAGCCCAUCUCACCGACGUCCGCAACGCAGCUCCGCGAGAACGAGCUCCGCAGAUUGGUGGUCCACUAUGCUGCGUGCAAGGUCAAGGAAUUGGCACGGUAUCGGGCUGACUCUGGGUCGGCCACACCAGGGCUUCGGCCUGCGGAUAAAGUGGGGGGUGAAACGCCAAAGAGUCUCCGCUCCCUGCUCGACAUGACGACGGAGUUGGCGUCGGAUCUGGUUUAUCGCAUGAUGUGA